CCAAAUGGUAAUGUGUGCAGUCUUCAGUCACACACGAAACAAACAAAAACACACAUCUUAUUGUUUAGUUAACAUAGCUAUCUGAUAUGAGAUAUACAUUCGGUGGGGGAAAUAUAUUUACUCAAGAAAAUAGAUGUGUCUAUAGCUAGACAAUAAAUUCACAUUUCUGGAUAUUUCCACAUUCUCUUAUGACUGGUCAGUUGGAGCUAACAAAACUAGCUCGCUAGCAAGCUAAGUUAGUUACCAGUGAGAAGUUGUUAGAAGGCUGUACUUCGGACGUCUGAGAAAAACAACAACUGUCAGCUACAGUAAGGUUACCAGUUGUUUCCUAGGGCAAGGCAAGCUACAGCGACUAUCUGUAUCACCUCUUCGAGCUAAGACUGGGGUCGCAACAAUGGCAGGUGAUCUGCGUGGUGUAGCAGGGCAGGCCAAGCCCCUGAAUCCUCAGCGCUCCCUCCCUGGGACACCCAUCAGUCACACACUCAAACACUUCCCCAUCAACCUGCGUACAUCCAUGGACGGAAAGUACAAGGAGAUUGCUGAGGAGCUGUUCACUCGUAGCCUGACGGAGAGUGAGAUGCGCACCGCUCCUUAUGAGUUCCCUGAGGACAGCCCCAUCGAGCAGCUGGAGGAGAGACGCCAACGCCUGGAGAGGCAGAUCAGCCAGGACAUCAAGCUUGAGCCAGAGAUCCUGCUCCGCAUCAAACAGGAGUUCAUGAAAAUUGACAGCGCUGCCGACCUAGAGUUUAUGAAUGAGCUGGGUGGUGUGGACAGGACAGAUGAUGGCUGGAUGAAGGAGAGAGUAUUACCGAUGGAGCGAGAGUACCAGCGUGUCUCAAUAUCAGGGGAGGAGAAGUGUGGGGUGCCCUUCACAGACCUGGUGGAUGCAGCUAAAUGUGUGGUAAAGGCCCUGUUCAUCAGGGAGAAGUACAUUGCUCUGUCCAUUCAGAACUUCUGUAAGACCACUGCCCACGAGCUGGGAGAGCUGGGAGAGAAGCCCCUGGACCUACGCAUUUAUGAGGAGAUCCCUGAGACCCCCGUUGAUGCAGAUGCUCCAGUCCACCCCCCUGUCUCAGAGACUCACCCCUAUGAAAACCAGGACACCAAGAACAUGCCUGCAGACACAGGGUACAGCUGUAAGAUGGUGGAUGGGGUCAUGCAUGUUUACACCAAGAAGAGCCCCAUGGAGAAGAGUACAGAGUUGGACCUGCCUUACCCAGACCUGAAGGAGUACAUCGCUGACAUGAAUGUCAUGAUGGCUCUCAUCAUUAACGGACCAGUAAAGUCGUUCUGCUACCGCCGGCUGCAAUACCUGAGCUCUAAGUUCCAGAUGCACAUCCUGCUGAACGAGAUGAAGGAGCUGGCAGCCCAGAAGAAGGUUCCUCACCGCGACUUCUACAACAUCCGCAAGGUGGACACCCACAUCCAUGCCUCAUCUUGUAUGAACCAGAAGCACCUGCUGCGCUUUAUCAAACGAGCCAUGAAGAAGUAUCCUGGGGAGAUAGUCCACAUGGAGCACGGGCGGGGACAGACCCUCAUGGAGGUGUUUGAGAGCAUGAACCUGACUGCCUUUGACCUGAGUGUGGACACACUGGACAUGCACGCGGACCGCAACACGUUCCAUCGCUUCGACAAGUUCAAUGCCAAAUACAACCCCAUCGGAGAAUCCAUCCUGAGAGAGAUCUUCAUCAAGACAGACAACCACAUCGAGGGCAAAUACUUUGGCCACAUGAUCAAGGAGGUGAUGGCUGACCUAGAGGAGAGUAAGUACCAGAAUGUGGAGCUGCGUCUGUCCAUCUACGGCCGCUCCCGGGACGAGUGGGACAAGCUGGCCCAGUGGGCCGUCAAACACCAAGUCUACUCUGACAACGUGCGCUGGCUCAUCCAAGUGCCCCGCCUUUUUGAUGUGUACCGCACCAAGAAGCAACUGGCUAACUUCCAGGAGAUGAUGGAGAACAUCUUCAUGCCACUGUUUGAGGUCACCAUUAACCCACGCAGCCACCCUGAGCUGCACCUCUUCCUACAGCAUGUGGUGGGCUUUGACAGUGUGGAUGACGAGUCCAAGCCGGAGCACCACAUCUUCAACAUGGACAGCCCCCUGCCAGCCGACUGGACAGAGGAGGACAACCCUCCCUACUCCUACUACCUCUACUACACCUAUGCCAACAUGGCCGUGCUCAACCACCUGCGCAGGAGGCGUGGCUUCCACACGUUUGUGCUGCGCCCUCACUGCGGGGAGGCGGGGCCUGUCCACCACCUGGUGUCGGGUUUCAUGCUUUCAGAGAACAUCUCCCACGGGCUGCUGCUCAGGAAGGCACCAGUGCUGCAGUACCUGUACUACCUGGCUCAGAUUGGCAUUGCCAUGUCCCCCCUGAGCAACAACAGCCUGUUCCUCAGCUACCACCGCAACCCCCUGCCUGAGUAUCUGUCCAGAGGCCUCAUGGUCUCUCUGUCCACUGACGACCCCCUACAGUUCCACUUCACCAAGGAGCCUCUGAUGGAGGAGUACAGCAUCGCCACACAGGUGUGGAAGCUCAGCUCCUGUGACAUGUGUGAGCUGGCCAGGAACAGCGUCCUUAUGAGCGGCUUCUCCCACAAGGCAAAGAGCUACUGGCUUGGGCCCAAAUACAGCAAAGAGGGCCCAGAGAGCAACGACAUCCGUCGCACCAACGUCCCGGACAUCCGCGUGGCAUACCGCAGUGAGACCCUGCUGGAGGAGCUCAACCUCAUCACCCACGCUGUGCGCACCAAGGAGCUGGACAACAUCGACGAGGAGGACACCCUCUCCAUGGCUCCCAUCGGGGCAGAAGGACGCUAAAUCAACAACUCCUCUCUAUUGCUCCCUGGAUAGGUUUUAUUUCAUAUUGGAGGAGAUUUUCUGAUCUUCGAUCUGUUCCUGGGUCACUUCCUCUGUCACUUUUAUCCACUGACCCUCCAUACAUUCACACCCCAAGUGAUUUCCUUUGUCAUGUGACCCUGCAUGGGAAGGAAGAUCCCACAGUUUGCCUGUGAUUUAAUGACAUGUUUGUACCCAUCACUGAUAUAUCACACACACACACUUAUUGCAGUUUUCCUGUCCUAAAAGCUGCUUAUCUUCCAUCACACAGUGAUGCUGCUUUAACCUUAACAUCUAGUGUAAUAUUAACAUCUAGUGUAAUAUUAACAUCUAGUGUAAUAUUAUCAUCUAGACAUCUAGUGUAAUAUUAACAUCUAGUGUAAUAUUAUCAUCUAGACAUCUAAUGUAAUAUUAACAUCUAGUGUAAUAUUAUCAUCUAGACAUCUAGUGUAAUAUUAUCAUCUAGUGUAAUAUUAACAUCUAGUGUAAUAUUAACAUCUAGUGUAAUAUUAUCAUCUCGUGUAGUAUUAACAUCUAGUGUAAUAUUUUCAUAAUGGUUAUAACUUUUGAAGUAGGAAAACAGAUACAACUUAGCAGCAAUAUUAUGAGUGUAUUAUCCAUGGGUCAUCUUACCUCACUAUACAAUGCAUAGGUUCCACACUACAUUGUUCCAACAACACCUGUUCCGCACUGAGAUGAACAGUCGCAUGUAACUUAGAGAUGCAUGGAAACCAUGGUAACACUUUUCUAAAGUACGGACGUACUGAGUUUAAAAAACAAACAAAGGACCAAAUCUGUGUGGUCUAGAAACAGAAGUUGUGCACAAUUCCAGUUUGUGUGCGCUGCUGGGUAUCUGCUGGCUUUCAUCUGUUUCUGGCUUCAGGAAGUUUCUAGUGCUUUAAUAGCUAAAGGAGUCCUCUCAGCUAGUCUCUGUGAUCUAAAUCAGCUCUAACUAAAAAGCAAGCAGGACAUCCAGCAGAGACACUGCAACAGCCCUCAGGACAUGGAGCUGUGCUGUGACUGUGGUCUACUGCAAACAUUCCAUUCAAUUAACUUUAAGAUAGAUGUUAUUUUCACAUUAGUUAUAGAAUAUGCAGCCAAAAAGAGUAGAUGUAUACUAUUCCAGUACAGAUGCAUGAUGUGUACAGGAUAUAUAUAUAUAUCUGUCUGUGGUAGAGUGGAUGCUGAGAGAUGUGAAUGAUGGAGCCAAUCAACCACAACUUGUUUUCCAAGCACAAGUCAAGAAGAAUGAAUACAGCACCCCCCCCUACCAUUACCUCAACAGUCUCAAUGUUCUUGGAUAUGGAUCCUCCAAACCCCAUUGCGUGUGUAUAUCCAACUCCCACCCCUCACACACCUCUUGGUCCUCUAAAGAGACCAGGACAGACCCCAGGGACUGGUCUCUGGACCCACUAUGUCAGUUAUUAGUUCAUUGUAUGCAGUGCCCUGUAUGCUCCAUACCAGACUUACCAGUGCCUUUUGAUUUUAGGCACUAGCUAGCCUGUCACAGUCCAAGCUGUUCUCAUGUUCUGCUGCAACGCCUCAGUCCUCAUCACCAACAACAACAACCGCAGCAUCUGUUCUCUUCAUGCAUUAGCAUUUUUGCUGAACUAACAUCAAGAUGAUGCCAUUGGGACUGAAACCAUGCAGCAUGUUAAAGUACCUUCUCCCUUACCUACCCAGACCUUCCAGUGAAAUGGAAGAAACCGUUUUACCAAUGCUCUGCUUUGGCUGCAUUUCCACCGUGCAUCUUAUGUUGUGAAUGCCUGCAUGGAGCCCUGCAACAGGAGUGGCUGAAAAGCUGUUUAAAGUGAGAUGUAACGUGAAAAAGCAACACAUGAGAAUCCAAGUAAGCUGAACGACUGUCAUGUAUGAAGUAUGUGUGCAGUCAAUGAUUGUUGGUAGUUUGAGUUCUGCAAAACAAACUCAUUCAGCUUGUCAUCCCUAUGGCAAUGCUCAAACCGUGCAGGGCCACGUUUGCAUGGUUGUCAUCGGGAACAAAUGAGCUCAUCCCCACCACCAUGGUUGUCAUGGUCACCAAAACAAGUACACACCUAUCCCCAUUAUCUUGCCCAAAGACAAAGAGCCUCUUCUAUGCCCGAUUAAAACUGUGGGCAUUCAUCUUGGAUAUUGUUAUAACUGUUCUAAUUGUACACUCCCAUUAGAUGCCAAGACUGUUCCAGUGGAAUAAGUGGGCCCAAGUUGUAAAUGUUCACCAUGCAUUGCAUACCAUAUCUACCAGGCCAUUUUAAAAACUUAAGAUCGAAGCAUGAUAUAUACAGUAAGGCCUAGAUUCAAGCAGAUCAAGUAUUAACCGGCGACAGCCGACACCCACAUAGCUGAUGUUUUGGCAUCAGAAGUGGAACUGCGUUGGAGCUGUCAAAUCGGAGAGCAGCUGCUCUUUAUCAUUGUCACGAAGCCACACCCGUCCCACUCUCGUUAAGUUCAGAACGAGAAAGUGUAGUCUAUAUAGAAAUAAUGACGCACAAAUAGAAAAUCAUCAUCAAGGUGUAGAUUACAUCUCACAUUCCAGUGUUCUAACUUAUAAACAAGGCUGCAUGGGAUUUCUCUUAAUGUGACUCCAUGCAGCCAAUGGCAAUGUCCGCUUUAGCAAUAAUGCCAAGAGCCGCUUGUGGAUUUGACAGCUCUAACGCAGUUCCGACACCGGUCAAACAACAGCUAUGCGGAUGUCGGCUAAAGCGGAUGUGAUUGAAUAGACCCUAAAUAUUUGAGAAACCAGAUAUUUUAGGAGAAAUUGUAUGCAUUAAUCUCAAUCCUGGAAUGCUGAUCUGUAGCGCCUCAACAGUGAGGUGUUUCACUGUGAAGGGGUGGCAUGUGUUGGACAUAGGGUGAGCCUCAGAGUUGAAUUUAAUAUAUAAAGUGUAUUUUUCUUAAAGGCUAUAGCGAUAAACUGUUUAUAUAAAGAGUAUAUCAAUAUUUAGAUUGCAAACGUUGUUUUGUUGCUGUAGAUCAUUAUAAACUGGGGUUAUUAAAGCUGAAAGAUUUAUUUUGUUAUCAUAAUUAUUGGCCUUGACUUUCACAGAAUUUUACAAUUGGACUUUUAUCCAAAGUGACUCACAUUUUACAUAUGUGUGGUCACAGGAAUCAGACCCACUACCUUGGCCUUACAUGCGCCAUUCUCUACCAACUGAGCUACAAAGAACCAUGUAUAUUCUUUUCUUAUUUGAUAUUUUCAUUGUUUGUUUUUCUGGUUGAUUGUUGUGUUAGGACUGUUGAACUCGGUUUAAUUUAGCAUGUAGCUCUCUCUCAAUAGAGUAUCGAGUGAAGGUGAUCAAGUUAACCAGGGUAAUUUGGAAGGGUCUUCAGAAAUGGUAGUACCAAGAGCUAUAUUGGGUAUCCAUCCCUGCCAUUUAUCUCAACCAGAGCUGCCUAUGUAAUCUGGCUAUACACCCACUCAGACAUUGUAAUCCUUCCCACAAACAUACAGCCAUAGACUGGACCGUUGUUACUCUUUGAUUGAUACAAACAAGGCUUUUAAAACAGCAACAAUCAUUUACUAUAGCUUUUGAUUUGAUUCUUUAAAAUAGUAUUUUGCAGGGAAUUAGAGGAUGCAUGUAUAAUUUAAGGGUUUAUGUCUCUGUGUGUAGAGUAGGAUGUGUGUAAUUGUUGAUAAAGGAUCAGACAUCCAUUUUCAGGUCCAGGUAUGGCUCACUAAGGGACUCAUCGACACAGUUUCCAGUUCAGUUGACCUUACCUUUUCAUUUCCAUCCAUCCAUUAAAGAUUGUCCAUCAGAGUUCACAUAUCUGUUCUGUCAAACCUCACCUACUCCUGUUGUUUGUCUCAAUCUGUACAAUCAGUUUAGUUCUUUUGUUUGUUUAUAAAAUACAAUGCUAGGGAACCUAUUGGUUCUACUGUAGCAUACCAUAACUCAGAGACCAUACGUUGUAUUCUCAAACUUCACUAAAGACAGACAUAUGUAAUUCUGUCCCAAUCGAAAGAGACACAAAGUUCAAUGCCGUUUUGAGUCCAAAAUGCUGUUCUCUUGCAACGGGUUUCAGUAGUGCAAAGAGUCAUGGGUAAUAGUAAUAGACACUGUGUUGUCAUCACAGAACACAAACCAGUUAAUCGGUCAAUCAUCACACUGCGAGUUUAGUUCUUUGUUCAAUCGAUUUUCUCAUUGAAGAAUUGCCUAGUAUUCUUUUCACUUCAUAAUGUUGAAUUCAAACAAUUAGAUUUUCACUUGUGAUUAUUUUGUGCUCAAUUCAUGUUUUCCUUAUUAGACAUUUUCAUGUUUUUACAUGAAAGGUUCUCUGCACGUUUUUUAUAUUGACAUGGUUUUCAUUGUCUUUUUGUUUGUUGGAUUUAGGGCUCUGUUCAAUCUGUGUUGCUGAAGUGUUACAGAUUGCGCGAUAGCAAUUUAAAGGUCAUAUCUGAUUGAGCUGACAUAUGCAGUGUUUACUGUGAAUGCAGUCUCCGCUUACGCAGGAACAUUACCUUUACAUUUCAAUCAUGCUGUAACGCUGAACUUCUGCAACGUGGAUUGAAUAGAGCCCUUAGUGUAUUGUAGUCACUAUCAUGGCUUUAAAUGAAUUCCAAUGUUUUACAGACUAUGGUAUAAUGUCUGAUGAUUGAAAUAAAGCAUGUUUAUUCAUCUAA